AUGAACUUGGUCGGCGGGUUGCACUCCCUGCACCGUAGAGAUGGCAGCGAGCUCCCGAUGGACGAAACAACAGACUACACUAGCCGAGCUCAGGAACUUAAAGUGGUGGAAGACAGUUCCUACAGCGAGUGGAGUAUAUGGACGGCCUGCUCCAGAACUUGCGGAACGGGGGUGUCCUUUCAGCAAAGAAAAUGUCUCACGGUCAAGAGGUUAAUUCCGAUUGAUGAGGUGCACGUCAGCAGUGUCUGCUACGGGGGGAGAAGACGGUACAGAACGUGCAACCGCCAGUUAUGUCCACUGGGAAGUCGAGAUUUCCGGUUACUGCAGUGCGCGGCGAACAAGGGUAGCACGGGUCAGGACUGGACUCCGGUCUACACUCCUAAACCUAACAGAGGGCACAGGAGACGAGGUAGGGGAUGGGGGCGCACCACAUCAGUCAGCCCCUGCGAGUUAAGGUGUAAAUCCCCAGAUAACCAGGUCCAGGACUUCGGACAUGUUCAAGACGGAACUCCGUGUUAUCAAGACUCAACUGAUAUCUGCAUAGCAGGGAGAUGCCAGCCUAUAGGAUGUGACGGGGUCCUAUACUCAAGAAAGGAGUAUGAUCGGUGUGGUGUUUGUGAUGGCGAAGGUGACACGUGUGAGGUCAUCAGGGGUACAUUCCAGGAAACCAUUUCCGCUUCCGGUUAUACAUCUAUUGCCCAGCUGCCAGUAGGCUCCAGAAAAGUCAACAUUAUUCACCAACGGACCAACGCAACAUAUCUCGCCCUCAGGAAUGGCAGUGACGAUUUCUACUUAAACGGGGACUUCGUCAUACACCCAAGCCCGAGAUCGCUUCUGGUGGCGGGCACGGAGCUGCACUACACACGCGAGGAGGGAGAGGGCGCCGUUGAAACCAUUACCUCCGACGGACCAACUACCGAAGCUUUGCACGUAUUGCUGCUAAGUGCUGCACCUAACGUAUCAUCCGUGACGAGUUUUGAGUACACUAUCCCAAGGAAACCCGUUCUGAGACAAAUCACUGUCUUGAGGCCAUCUGAAGAAGUCCGCCAGCCAGUCAGAGUACUUUCAGAAGAAGAAGAAUUCCUUGGAGGACCCUCUAGGGGGUUUCCUGUAUACUAUAAACCACGGUCCGAAACAUCAGCACCUAGACGGGUCAUACACAGAGCCAGAGCCUCUGCCGAAGCAGUAGAUGAAGACCAGGCAUCUGAGGACCCCCGUCCGGUGAUCCCCGCGACAGUCUCCGUACCCCUCACCAGACAGCCGGCAUCCACGGCUACCAGACAGGCAAGCACUUCAAUACCGCGGCAGAGCAUCACAACUCCGGAUCCCAAAAAGUACCGUUGGAAACUAAACGGAAGAGUGACGCCUUGCAGCACAACGUGCACGCCUGAAUUAGGUGUAGUGACGAGGUUUGCCAUCUGUGUGGAUAACGAUAUGCGGGAGAUACCGGAGGCCUACUGCGAUGCCCGGAUGAAGCCGACUCCUUCCUUUGACUACUGCGUUGGGAAACCCUGCAAAGCAAGAUGGAUCACCAGUGACUGGACCGACUGUACGAAGACUUGUGGAAGCGGAACGCAGAAGCGGACGGUCCGGUGUUGGAAGGUGAUCUCCCGAGGGUUGGACACGACAGUCUACGAUGAACUUUGCAACAGCACUGCAAAACCGCCAGCGACCAGGGAAUGCCAUUCGGAACCCUGUCCGCCCGAGUGGUGGACCUCUACCUUUUCACAGGACGUAGACAAUGCAGACCACAACAAGGCCGACAGCAACACAUCGGAAACGGAACCAGAACCGGAAUCCGGAUUAGUUCUAAAUCCGGUAUCAGAACAACCGUUUCCGGAUUACGAGCCGGUACCGCUACCGGAACCGGAAGCAGAGACGGAGGAGGACGGACUCGAUGUUACUGAUCUGGACGCGUGUAGACGUGCCACGUGUGGUUGGCAGUGGGAGAUGUCACCUUGGUCCCCGUGCUCAGCGCAGUGUGGCCCCGGGACGAUGACAAGAGAAGCGCGGUGCUACACGGAGUCAGACCCGUGUGAUCCUAUCCGUAAGCCCCUCACGGAGAGGGUGUGCAACAACGGGCCGUGCAUGGAGACCACGUGGGCAGAGGGCUCCUGGCAACAGUGCACAGGUAGAUGUGGAACUGGCGUCAGUACACGGGAAGUCACGUGUCAAUCACGUGACGGCGAGACGCGUGAGGAUAGAGCCUGCAAUGCUACUGCACGGCCGCUAGAUGUCAUCAAUUGCGGAGACCAAACCCAUUGUGGCCCAAGAUGGCUGCCACAAGCCUGGCAACCGUGUUCCGCGACGUGUGGGGUAGGUCAGCAGCGGCGGAAGGUUAUCUGUGGCGGAGUGGUUAACCGUCAGUUCCGGGAGUUCCGUGGUGAGAUCUGUAACCUGGACUACAAACCGCCGGAAACACAAGUCUGUAACGACGUGGACUGUCCACCCACAUGGUUCGCUUCUCCUUGGGGACCGUGUAGCACCACGUGUGGAGCAGGGGUACGGGGACGGGAGGUCGUUUGUUACCAUGGAGACCACACGUCCACGUCAUGUGACCCUGAGACCAUGCCUGUCAUCAAGAUGUCCUGUAUGAACACACCCUGUCCCAGAAGAGACGAUGAAGUCGACGAAAACUGCAUGGACAAUUCGGCAGCCAAUUGCGAGCUGGUGUUGCGAGUGAACCUGUGCGGGCAUUGGUACUACAAGAGGGCCUGUUGCCACUCGUGCAGCAAGGUUCCCACUACACCCAACCCUACAGGCACCGUCAUGCCCACCAACUCUUCCAGGACACAGCGGCGCCGGAAAGUACGCAUGCGCAGUAGACUUAGUUUCCAUGGCGACGACUUUAGGCGUCCAUAGCGAGGCUGUAUUAUGACGUCAGUGUUGUCUGCCAUGUUGUAAGGUCAAACCUGGAAGUUGUAUAUACACAUAGGCAAUUGCGGUUAAAAUACACGUUGCAUUACGCAAAAUUUUAAACAAGAUGGCGGCUAUGACGACACUUACAGACAGACAACAUAUUGAUGUUGAACAUAAAUGUAUCCAUGAGGAAAAAACAAAAGAUUUCGAUAAAAAAUAGUGAUACAGAGAAAUAAAAAUGUAAACAUGAAAUAAAAAUGUAAACAUGAAAUUUAGUCCAAAAUCAAAUUAUGUUUGAACUGUUAUCAAAUAUAUGUCUUCUCUUAACUCAAAUGCGUGAUUGUAUGUACUUUGCUGAAUUACAUUUGCUUAAUCAUUAUGUAAUUAUUAUUACAUAUCAUUUUGCACAAAUAGAAGAGAUUACUAUGAAUGUAAUCAUAUUUUUUUUGCCUAUUGAGAGAAAAGAUU